ACAACGUCGAAAGGGGGAUAGAGAUAGCGAUACCGACAAGAGGAGCGUCAGCGAGAGCGCGAGAUGGAUCGCUACGACAUGGAAGACGUCGUGGUGGCGCCCCCUGCCGAAUGCAGUUCCCCACUUAAGGAGUGGCGCCUUAAGCUCCAAGCGGGCACUCUUACACGCAAAGAUUUCAUCGAAUUCUUCAAGAAGGAGGCGCCCAAGUUCUUCGACUAUCAGAAUAUUUUGAAAACAGAUUCAACUGCACUAACUCGUGGAGAAGGAAAUGCUCCUGAUGCGGGCCAUCGAAGGCAUGAGUGUAUUUUCCAUGACGACAAUGUUUCUAACUGGAGUGUUGCGAUGAUGAGGACGCUCGCCAUGGUGGGCGCGCAUAUAUCUCGUGGUUCCAUCAAAUGCAUGUUUAAGGAGGCACUCGCCAAAGAGGAGAUAAUCGAUGUGGUAGUGGAGUUCAUAAUGGGUGACAAUCCCGUCACGGCUCUGGAGAAGCUCCGACUAGAGGGAAACACGGCCACUGUCUGUGGCAAGGUCUUCAAAAACGGGGAGCCCACCUACAGUUGCCGCGAGUGCGGCGUCGAUCCCACCUGCGUGCUUUGUGUCAACUGCUUUAAGCGGUCUGCGCACCGCUUCCACAAAUACAAGAUGUCCACCUCGGGCGGCGGUGGCUGCUGCGACUGUGGCGAUGACGAAGCCUGGAAGAAGGAUCACUACUGUCAGCUGCAUCUGGCUAAUCGAAAGAAUCCGCUAGAGAGCAAGAUCAUUACUGAAGCGGUCCUUGAGCGGGCGGUAAUUUGUUUUGGUGCGAUCCUUUCGUUCUGCGUUAACUACUUGGAAAUCGAACCGAACGGAAGUCUUCAGUGUUUGGAUGGCGAUGGAGCACAAUUCUGCACGGUGCUUUAUAAUGACGAAUCGCAUACCUUCGACCAGGUGAUCCAAACGCUCACCAAGAUUGCGAAGUGCGGACACAAGGAUGCCAUGGAAAUUGUCGCUACAAUCGAUCGCGAGGGAAGAGCGGUGGUCAAGUGCGAUACCUUUAAGGAGUGCAACGACCUGAAGACGGCCAUCGAGAAGCAGAUGAUACCGUCAAACAACUUGUUGUCGAAUCAGCGCAACAGCCAGUCGCUUCGGACUUCCGUGCUGCACACCACAGCGGUGGCCUACCAGCAGUUUGCUCUGCAGUUGCUUGGCUGGUUCCAGGAGUUUCUCGUGUGCCACUAUCUUUUCCGGAAGACGUUUGCCGGACUGGUGCAGCGCAAACAGGAGGCCUUCUGCAUCCGACAUAUCCUCGAGUACGAUGUCAAGCUGUGGAAGACGGCCCGUACCUGUUGGCACCGCCUGCUUAUCUCCGGCAUGCUAAUGGAGUACGAUAACAAGAUGGUGCUAGCCCAGGAAUUCUCGCGCCGCUACGCCACCAUCGUGGAGGACUUUAUAAGUGACGACCACGACCACGCCUUUUCGAUCGUCUCUCUCAGCGUACAGCUGUUCACGGUGCCCAGCAUCGCCCAUCACCUAAUCGCCCAGGAGGGCAUAUUCGACAAGCUGCUGCACACGUUCUAUCACGUGGCCAUUGAGAAGUUUAUUCAGAAUCGGACACUGCACUUUAGCAAGAACACGGCCAGCCUGACCUUCUUCAAGCGGGCCAACUAUAUCCUGUACGACCUUCGAUAUCUUCUCAGCCUCAAGCCGGAGGUUCUCAGCAAUGAUCUGAGGAACGGAUUUCUCGAAGGCUGUCGUGCUCUGAUGCGCGUUUUAAACGUGAUGCAGGGAAUGGAGUCGAUAACAAGGCAGACAGGUCAACAUAUGGACUACGAGCCCGAAUGGGAGUGCGCCUUCAACUUGCACAUUAAGCUAGCGACGACUAUUUCUCAGGUGAUCGAGUGGGCUGCCAGCGAUGUUAAGUUGCUGCGUAAGCUGUAUAAGAUGACAGUGCGGGCCCUGGUGGGCAACAGUUUCAUCGUAGGCGGCGAGAAGACGGAGGCGAAGAGCGUGGCCGGUCAUGUGGCCAACUGCCGUAUGUACGAUGUCUCGUCGAAGCCAGUUUCUAUCCACUUGCCGUUAUCCCGCUUCUAUUCUGGGAUCUAUCUGCAUUUGGGUGCCCACGAUAUGACGUAUGACAGCCUCCAAACUGAAACCGAGGGGCUGAACAUUAAGCUCACCCCGAGGGAGAUAAUCGAGCCGGUUCUGUGCACCCACGCCAUGAUUGCCCAAGUGACCGCGGGCAUGUGGCGUCGCAAUGGCUACUCGCUACUUCACCAACUUUACUUCUACCGCAACGUGCGCUGUCGGGUAGAGAUGCUAGAUAGGGAUAUUGUUUGCCUACAGAUUGGCGCCUCUCUCAUGGAAAGCAAUGAGUUCCUGAUCCAUGUGCUGAACAAGUUCAAUCUGAUCUAUUGGGCGCAGGCGAAUUACGAGACUAUGAUCGCGAAAGCGACUGAAGACGAGGAGUUCAUGCGACAGUUGUCUAUGAUCGACGAGUUUCUGGAACUGCUUAUUGUGAUCAUUGGCGAGCGUUGGAUGCCGGGGGUGUCGCUUGUUACUGAGGAGGAUCGCCUGCGCAAGGAGAUCAUCCAGCUGCUGUGCACCAAGUCUUACUCCCAUUCAGAACUAAGUCGUGCCCUGCCGGACGGUAACAGUGGGAAUAGUGACAAUAUCUUUGAGGAUGUGAUCAACACCGUGGCAUCGUUCAAGAAGCCGGUGGGCGUCGAUGGCAAGGGAGUGUACGAGCUGAAGGAGCAUCUGUUUGAUGAGUUCAAUGUUUAUUUCUACCACUACACCAAGGAAGACAAGUCCAAGGCCGAGGAAUUGCAACGGGAGCGCCGCAAGUCCAAAAAGGAGCUUGUCUGUUGUCCCCCACCGAUGCUGCCCCAGCUGGCGCCUGCUUUCACAUCCAUGGCCAACAUUCUGCAAUGCAAUGUGUUUCUUAGCAUAUGCACCUUAAUAAUGGAUCGUGCUUUGGAUGCUCACAGCCGCUCCUUUACAGAAUCCCAUCUUCAAAAGAUUCUUCACCUGCUGGGCUUCGCCAUACAAGAAGAGCUUAGCGAGCACUAUCCCUUCCUGAGCUUUUACGAACGUUCCCAGAAGUAUGGAAUACUGGAGAAGUUAGAUGAGCUGGCUCGCUGCCCAAGGUUGGAGGCCCAUCGCGAUUUUGUUCUGUGGACCAUCAAGCGGUAUAAGGAGCUGCAAGCCAAGCAGGCGCCCAGUGGAGCCGGACCAAGUGGUUCACAACAGUCUGCAGGGGAUGAGCAACCGUUAAGCUCAGAGGAACAGGCGCGGCAGGAGAAGGAGGCUCGUGCUCGAUUAGCGGCCGAACGGCGAGCAAAGAUCAUGGCCCAGAUGAAGAACGCCCAGAAGUCGUUCAAAAAAAAUGCUGAAAUGUUCGCCACCACUGAUGACACGGAAUCGGGCCAGGAUCAGGAUCAGGAUCAGGAUCAGGAUCUGGAGGGUGGAAGUACUGCGGCAAUGGAAUGGGAGAAUAUUUCAACCGACGAGGAGGAGCAGGGCGCCGUGGCCCUAAAGCCGAACGUGUCCUGCUUGGGACCAGAUCGCAGGAGCUAUCAAGUCAGCGAAACCGCAUUCAAGUGCAUCCUGUGCUUCGAGAACUGUGCCAUCACCCGUAGUGGUCCUCCCCUAGUUAGCUUCGCGUUCGUACAGACCUCGCGGGUGAUCUUUUCCAAACCGAGUGAGAAUCAAGGCCGCAGUGCGCUGCACAUGAGCUGCUGCGGCCACGUGAUGCACUACAGCUGCUGGCAAGAGUACUACAGUAACGAGGCGGUAAAGGAGCUACGACGCCCGCAGCGCAAUCGGGUGCCCCUUAGUCUGCAAGACAACACAGAGUUCCACUGUCCGUAUUGUAGGACUCUUAGCAACACUGUGCUUCCUGUCAGCGAGCCUUUGCCUGCUUUCUCAUCAGUCGUGCCAACAUCAGAGGGCUUUCUGCCAUUGGACAGCUUCGUUGAGAUCAUGCGCACGCUGGCCAGCGAAUUGGCUGGGGCCAACGCCUUCAUAUGGCUACUGCCGACCGUGACCAAUAUUCUGCGCAAAUCUGGGGUGGUCGGCGACAUGGCCCAGUUUGAGCAAAGUGUUCAGCUGAUCCAGGAGCCUCCUCAGCUCUCGGGAAACUAUGCCGACGUGAUGUCCUCCUUUGGGAAGGCCUUGCGUAACGCCGUGCAUAGUGAGUCGCAUAACUACAAGGCUCCCACUUCUUCUUCAACGAAUUUCGAUAACCUGGAGACCGACGCCACCAGCUUGGAGGCGGUCCCUCAGUUAUGGGACACGUGCAGCUACACGCUGCAGGCCCUGGAGAUCUACCUGUUCGAAAUCCAAAAGCCGCUGAAGGCCGAGUUGCCCAUGCGCCAUCAGAGCUGUGUCACCAAUUUGGUAAGAGCCUGUGCGCUCUCCUCGGCUGUUGAUAGCACAAGCGAUGUGCACCGUCCGGUGCCGCGUGUCCAAGCGUUGUGGGCAGCCCGUCUGCUGGACACUGUUUUUAACCAAAAGGGAAGCAGUGUGCUGGAGUGGGACUGCUUUCGCACGCUUGUGCAGUUGCAGUUCGGCGUGCUGAACCUUAUUGCCACCGAGAAAGCGUCUCAAACCAUCAUACCCAGCGGCAGCAUGUUCGACUUCUACAUUUUGCAGACCAUGUUCCUGGCGCAUCUGACUAAGGCGGUUAUCUGCUUUGAUGUUGAGAAGGAGCAGGCGAAGCGGACGAACGAGACGCCAUAUUUAGAGCUCUCGCAACUGGCGUAUGUUGAGCUGUUACCACCUAAAAUUCAGGAAAACAUGGUGGCAUUCUAUCGCCGCUACAAUAUACCGGCCAGAGUGCUUCAGCGCAAACAGCAACAGCAGCUGGACGAUGAGCGCAAGCAGCAAGAGAAGGAGGAGCCACAGCCGCAGGAAAAGGAGCAGACGGUGGUAAUACCCUGCGACCAGCAUACUUUAGCCCUGCUUCUCGAAUAUGUGCAGCGUCAAAUGAGCUCCUUUCUGCGUUGCUGCAGCCUGUUCUAUCGCUGUCUCACCGAUGUGGACUAUCCGGACACGUUCCCCACGGAUCAGCCGGAUCGCUUCGACCUUAUGUGCCAGUACUUGGGCCUAGAUUCGCAGCUGGGCGUGUAUUUUGAUAUGGAGACGGUCUAUGCCACAAUGAUGAACUCGUUUGCCUCGCACCCGGAAAUUGCCAGGGAGGUGGAGCACCGCUGCCAGCCAGAUAGUGGCCCUGGCUUGGAGAUUAUUCCCUGUCUGCGUCCGCUGCCGCGCUUAAAGCCACUGUUCGACGACUACAGCGAUCUGAUCAACAGUGUUUCGGAUAUAUUCUGUCCCAACAAUGAGCGCGAGGAGAUGAAGACUCCGACCAUGUGUCUGAUUUGCGGCACCAUCCUGUGCGGCCAGUCGUACUGCUGUCAGCCGGAGCUUGGCAUGAUGACGGUGGGUGCCUGCACCCAUCACGCCUAUGACUGUGGCGCCGAGGUGGGGAUAUUUUUGCGCAUCCGCGACUGUCAGGUUGUGUACCUCGGCCGCGGCAAGGGAUGCUAUGUGCAGCCGCCGUAUUUGGACGAGUACGGGGAGACAGAUCAGGGUCUACGGCGCGGCAAUCCGCUAAGACUCUGCCAGGCAGCAUAUAGUAGGAUCUACCUGCAAUGGCUAAGCCAUGGCCUACAUGAAGAGAUUGCCCGACUAAAUGACAACACCAAUGUGCCGGUGACUCAGUGGCAUCACAUGUAGUCAGAAGCAUACCGAGCAUCACCAGCGGCACCAAUGGCAGCGGAUAGGAGCACCAGGCAGCAAAAAGGCAGUGGCGGCAGUCAAUGUGAUUAUUACAUACUAACAUUAGGAGAGCCUAUUUAUAUGUCUAAGCAUUUUACCAAUUGUCCCUUUCGGAACAACCACUCAUCAACCCACCAGUACCUCCAUCCCACACCCAGUCGCACAUACACACUCCCCCACACAAUUCUCAGUCCCCAGAUCCCAAAUCGAGUGAUGUAUAAUUAUUAUAUUGGGUUUCUUUAAUAUUAUUAAUUCAUUAAAUCAAUAUCAUUUUUUGAGCUAAUGUUAGAGAACUUGUUGAUAGUUUGAGCGGCCGAGCGCCCUCUUCUAGUUAUAUAUCUAUAUAUAUAUAAUAAACAUAUGCUACAUAUAUAUGUAUAGCGACUAGGCUAGAUUUUUGCCAGCACUUCGAGUGUCGCAACAUCAAAAGAAAUACAAAAUAAAACAAGAAAAAUCGAA